UCGUCUGACUUCACCACUUUCCUGCAGGGAUCCUACAGCUGACGUCCUUCUCUGUCAGUACCCAACAGCUGAAAUGGCUCUUAAUGGUAAAAACGCGGUGGUGACCGGGGCAGUGAUGGGAAUAGGAAAAGCAAUAGCAGAGAUUCUUCUGCAAAAUGGUGCCAAGGUAGCUCUCCUGGACGUGAAUGAAACAGCAGCAAAGGGUUUAAUGGAAACCCUCAUUAAACAGUAUGGAAAAGAGAAAGUUUUCUUCCUGAAGUGCGACGUGGAAUCAGAGGAGGAUAUUAAAGCUGGCCUGAAGAAAGCUGCAGAAACCUUCGGAGGGAUAGACAUCCUGUGCAACAAUGCCGGUAUCCUCAAUGAGGGCUCUUGGGAGAAAAUGGUCUCCAUAAACCUUAUGGGCAUCAUCCGGGGGACUUACCUGGGUCUGGAGCACAUGAACAAGUUGACAGGAGGUCGGGGAGGGGUAAUCGUCAACACAGCAUCUAUGGCAGGAAUUGGCCCCCUUCCGAGCUGUCCGGUCUAUACAGCUGUCAAGCAUGGAGUGGUCGGCUUCACUCGAGCCAUAGCGGCUGCCUCUACCUUAUUAGGCUAUGGCAUACGGUCCAACGUUCUUUGCCCAGCUUUCGUCCAAACCGACCUCUUCUCCAACAUCCCAAAACAACUGGGAAGAUUCUCCGAACUCUGCCUUGAAACCCAACAAUUAGUUGAACGUUUGGGGGUUUUAAAAGUGUCUGAGGUUGCUGAGGCUCUCCUCGAGCUGGUGACAGAUGAGACAAAGAAUGGUCAGGCUCUGCUGGUCCUCCCAACAGAUGAAGAAGGGAAAGGAGGAAAGUCAUACAUAACUUUCCCUACAUUCCUGCAGUAGCUCUUGACAGGGACAAACUACUUGGUUCUCAAAUGUGCACAAUAAAGAAAUGAAUCCAUUAUAAUAAAGAAUUCAACCAA